UCCGGCGCGGCUCCUGCGCGCCAGCAUGGACCGUAACCCGUCGCCUCCGCCGCCUAGCUGCGAUCAGGAGGACGAGGAGGACCUGGCCGGGGGAGACUGCAUUGGGAACACGGUCUACAGCAAGCACUGGCUCUUCGGCGUCCUCAGCGGGCUCAUCCAGAUUGUCACACUUGAAAGUGACAAGUCCGGCUCCAAUGAUGAUGAGCAACAGAUGGAGCUUGCUGAAGAAAUGGAGAAUGAGAUUUGCAGAGUCUGGGAUAUGUCCAUGGAUGAGGAUGUGGCUUUAUUUCUCCAAGAAUUUAAGGCUCCUGACAUAUUCAUGGGAGUGCUGGCCAAAUCCAGGUGUCCCCGAUUAAGAGAAAUCUGUGUGGGAAUUUUAGGGAAUAUGGCUUGUUUCCAGGAGAUAUGUGUGUCCAUCAGCAGCUGCGAGGAUCGUGGGCAGGUGAUUCUGCAGUGUUUGUGUGACUCGGACCCACCCACUCUGCUGGAAACCAGCAGGUUGUUGCUUACUUGCCUUUCCCAGACAGAAGUGGCCAGUGUCUGGGUUGAAAGGAUCCGGGAACAUCCAUCUAUUUACGCUAGUGUUUGCUUCAUCAUGUCAAGUUCGACAAAUGCUGACUUGCUGGUGAAGGUGGGGGAGGUCGUGGACAAGCUCUUCGACUUGGAUGAAAAACUCAUGUUGGAGUGGAUUAGAAAUGGGAGUGCCCCGCUUCUGGACCAACCCCGUCAGGACUCUGAAGAGCAGCCAGUGUUUUCGAUUGUCCCCUGUGUACUGGAAGCUGCCAAACAAGUACGUUCUGAAAACCUGGAAGGGCUGGAUGUUUACAUGCACAUCUUACAGCUGCUUACCACAGUGGAUGAUGGAAUUCAGGCAAUUGUACAGUGUCCUGAUACUGGAAAAGCCACAUGGAAUUUCCUUUUUGACCUGGUGUGCCAUGAGUUCUGCCAAGCGGGUGAGCCGCCCAUCAUCCUGCAGGAGCAGAAGACAGUGCUGGCGUCUGUGCUGUCGGUACUGACUGCCAUCAGUGCUUCCCAGUCCCAGCAGGAGCACCUGGACAGAGAAGAAGUGGCUCUUCCCCUAAUUGACAGCCUAAUUCGGGUGAUACAAAAUAUGGAACAUUGUCAGAAGAAACCAGAGAACUCCACAGAGUCCGACACAGAAGAGCCCACAACCCAAGAUGACUUCCAUAUGAAGAUCCUGAAGGAUAUUUCAUGUGAAUUCCUUUCUAAUAUUUUUCAGGCGUUAACAAAGGAAACCGUGGCUCAGGGACUGAAGAAGGGCCAGUUAAGCAAACAGAAAUGUUCCUGUGUGUUUCAGAGCCUCCUGCCCCGCUACAGCCCUGUGGUGGAAGGCUUCAUUCAAGUUCUACGGGACGUUGAUAAGACUCUCGCCGAGGACCUGGACGAAAGCUUUCCGAGUGUGAAGGCUCAGACCUAAGUUGGAGUUUCUGCUGUCCAAGGAAUAAACUAUGUCUUUUUCGGUUUAAAGUUGGCAUUUGGAAGAUAGUUUAGAUGAACGUUGACCAUGUCAUAAUUUCUCCGUGCUACCCUGAGCCCCCUUGCCCCCUGUUUAUCCACUUUCAUUUGCACUGGUCACUAGACAUUCACCACUGUCACCUCCCUCUCCUCCACGCUGAUCGUAUGUUACUACUGUCCAUUGUCAAAGCAGAGGUUCUUUUUUGAAUAUUAGAGUAGAUAAGGAUUGUCUUUGUGAGUAGAUUUAGCUGCAGCCAACAGAAACCCUGGUACAGUAGCUUCUCCGGUAUCUCUGUGUCUCCUGCGUAAAUACAGAGACCCUCAAUGCAAACCAGAGAAGUGUCUCCCCUUUUCCUGUCCCCGUGGCCCACUGUGCAGAUCUUUGCACAUACUUGACAGUGAGGCCUGGGCUAUGUCUUCCAUCCAGGGGUGAAAAGGAAGAGGCGUUCUAGAAAGUUUUGCCAGCUUUCCCUGGCCUCUGUUGGGCGUUGUAUUUAAUGUCCCAAUCCUCCCUGCACUCUGAGAGGUCACGUGUGCCUGGCUUGGAGAGCCAGCCUGCUGAUACACUAGUGGUUCUGCGAGCAUCUAGCAAGCUGUGUGGACUUCUCCUGAUUGUUAGUGACAACAUGGGAGCGUUAGUUACUGUCUUAGUUAGGGUUUCUCUUGGCUGUGAAGAGAUGCCAUGGCC